GACUCACACUCCGCGAACGCGGACGGUCACCACAAUCCUAAUUCAUUUGCGUUGCAGAACAGUCUGAAAAAUUACGAUGUAUGUUUUCGAUCCUUUUGAAGGAUGUCAUCAUUUACAUUUUUUUCAGUCUCCUGAUGCCACCAUGCCUGUCUCUCUCAGUGUUUGGCGUGCCAGGAUCGGCACGUACAUGCGCCGUAAGCAGAAAGUAUAUGACUACUUCUACUACCUGAGGAUGUAUGUUUAUGGUCUUAAAAUAAUUGAAAAGGCGAAGAAAGCAGCUGAACACUCAAAAGAAAAUGAAAAAGGCAAUCGCCACAAAUCGUCUUUUAAUGGCUCUUCAACUGGUGAAAAUGGCAAAACUGGUAACGCAUCAUGUCGCCAACCUCCGCCUUCUAACGACGUAAACCUGAAACCCGCCCAAACUGAAUCUUCAGGUGACCGUGGCGUCAAUAGUGGCAAAGUUGAAGCAUGUUCUCAGUCAGGUUACGUCGUGGACAAUGGCUCUUCUUGUCAUACCAAAGGCCCAGAUCACAUCGCUCAGGAUAGAUCUAAGUGUGCCGCUGGUCGUACACUUGCAACACAUCCAACAAGUUCAACCAAGAAGAGAUCCACUCCUGUCGCUGAUCCUUCUAACACCAAGGUUCCAGAGCCUUGUGACAUUGAUGAGUUGGACAUGAGAUACAUCACCAUUCAUCGCGUAUCACAUGCCAACCUAUGCGAUUCAACUCAAUUAAGUGAACCGGACCAACCUGGUGUCACAUCGGAGAUAUACUCACAAGUAGCUAGACACAACACUGGCCAUCAAGACGUCUGCAAGCAGAACAAGGAGAAACCAAACCCGUUAACGUCAGAGAUAGAUGACCAAUCUGCACCUAUUUCUGAACUGGAUACGUCGAGCAAUACUGAACACACAUUGUGUACGAGGGUAUGUCUGAAACUAAAAAAGCGUGUCUCUCUCUAUCAAACAAUAUUUUCCUAAGUAAGAAUUGUAAGGAAUACAUCAUUAUCUUUAUAAUAAAAAAAGUAAAUAAACGAUUCCCUUAAAAAAAUGUAACCAUAUAUGAAGAGUUUAAUUGCAAAAGGGUCUAUCCAUUGUUCAUUAAAUUUGAUUUUCAUUUGUCUCAAUAUAUAUAUAUUUCUAGUAGAUCUAUAAGUUAAUUAAAUGAUCAAAGAAAAGUUGAAAUUCCCAUUAUAAAGGGAACGAAAAUGGCUAACAAAAAUCCCUUUUUUUCGAAUGGGGUUAGAUCCAUUUUAGUUUGUUUGCAAAAGGGGGUAGAUCCACAAAGGUAAUUUUUUGGGGAAAAUAAUUAAAAAAAUAUGAAGACAUUCAGAUUUCUUUCAUACCAAAUUUAAAAUCACAUGGUCAAGUAUCAUGACAGAUUAGUUUCGCUUAAGAAUAUUGCCAAAAUAUGAGAGAAAAACAUAAAUGAUGUAACCAUAUAUAAAGAGCUAACAAUCCGUUUUUCAUAAAAUUGUAUUUUAUUUUUCAGUGCAUAGAUUUUCAGUCCCUGUGAUGAUACCAAAGAAAAGUUGAUAUUCCCAUUAAAACAUGAAUAGAAAUGGCAAAACAAAAAUCAAAAGGGGUUGGAUCCAUUUAAGUUUGUUUGCAAAUGGGGCUAGAUCCACUAUGGUUUUUUUUUUUUAACAUAUAUAAAAAAAAAUAUGAAGACCGUAAGAAAUCUUUUCAACCUGAUUUUAUAUUAAUAUGGUAGGGUAGUAUAUCAUGACAAUAUAGUUUCGCAAAAGAAUAUUGCAAUAUUGUCUAAAGCGGGUCUAACUCUUUUGGCAAGCAAACUCUCCAUACAUUUAAAUAACAAGUUUACCUAGAAGUUAUUUAACGCAGCGCUUCUCAAUUUUUUUUUACUCGAGGACCACUUUGACUCUCAUAUUGUUUUCGAGGCCCACCUACCAAAAUUUUAAGAAUACGCCCAAUGUGAUGGAAAAAAGUUUCGUGCAAUUUGAACACAAAGCGCUGAACACAUUCGAAACAAACAAUUUGAAAACUAAUCUGCAUUUGCAAAUGUCCGGUAAAUGGGCGUUAAUUAACUCCAUACACAAUAUGCAUGCACACGAUGUUCACAUCAAAGUUAUAGAUCGAAACCAUCAUAGUGUGCAUGUGCAUGCUUUGCAACAUGCAUGAUACCUAUUAAACAGGCUUCAGCUUUGUUUGACCCACGGAGACCGAUGAGACAUAACGUGUUCGGACAGACAUAUGAAAUAUACUACAGUUUUCCCCUAUUUUUUCUUCCUCUGGAGCCCACCUAAGAGAGCUUCGCCGCCCACUGGUUGAGAAGCGCUGAUUUCAAGUGUAGAGUAUGUGACGAUUUUGAUUGCUUAAAACUGAUUUUCAGGAAACAAUAGUUACUAAUGUACAAUAUUAAUAAACCAAUUUGAUAUCAGGACACUGUAUUGAGUUUUCCGAUAAAAUUAAUGUUUAAUUAGGCGGAGGCGUUUUUCGAACAAAAAUCUAAUAAAGUUAAUGUUAUAAUGUUUUUAAGGUAAGUACC